CAUACUACCUGUCUUAAACAUGGUACACCUGUCAAAGUCCAUCAGUGCCAGCUGUCAGUGUCGAUCAGUGCCACGUGCCAGUGCCUAUCAGUGCCACAUCAAUGCCACAUAUCAGUGCAUAUCAAUGCCACAUAUCAGUGCCCAUAUGAGCUGCCUUUCAGUGUCAUCCAUCAGUGCCAGUCAGUGCCACCUAUCAAUGCCAAUCAGUGCCACCUAUCAGUGCUGCCAAUCAGUGCCAGUCAGUGCCACC